AUGGUAAAGUUAAACUCAAAUAAGCACAGAAGCAAAAAACAGCAUUGGCCUAAGGAAAGGACUUAUAACAGAGCUCUUCUAACUGAAGAAGGCAUUGUCAUAAAGUCUAAUAAUAUCAAUGAGGCUUAUAGUAAUUUAAAGAGGAAUAGUGUAUCGAGUCUAGGUCCUGCUCAAGAUAGUAUCCUACGACGUUCUUUUUCAAAUAGCACAAGUGCAUUUCACAAUAGUGGUGAAUUCUCUCGAUUCAAUGAUCUAGAGAGCACACAUACGACUGAUGAAACCCCUGAAAAAAUAUUAAGCAAUGCUGACUUAGAUACCUUAGAAACCGCGUCUGUGGUAAGUUGCAUUACAUGUCUAAGUGACACUCACUCUAUAACAUCUCCAAGAACAUCCGGCGAUUUACCUUAUUCGUUUUUAAAUGGCAAAUUUCCAAUUAACACCGUGAUACCAUUCGGAAGAAUUUUGCAUGCAAAGUACAUUGAUAGAUCCCUUUCUAGAAGGGGAAGUGAUAUAAAACGUAAAUCUCCUAGAUCAUCGCUUUCCAAGACUACUACGGGCAAUUCCAUCCAGUCUGUAGAUUCAGGACGUAGUACAAUCAAUGAAAGUUUCAAGGAUGCAUAUGAAUUUCCGACUUCUCCUGAUUUAAAGACGUUUCAUUCAAACACUUCUUUUAAUUCCGAAUUAAAGGAUGUCAAUUUUAACAGAAAGUAUGCAAAAAAACUUAUAGAAAUAACGUUUGCUAAACCUCGUCGUCAUGAUAUUAUACCGAAAAGACUUAUUUUAGAUAUAGAAUCCAUUUUACCUUUGGAGCAUGAUCUUGUAACGGAAAUUUUGAAUAGAAGCUAUCAAGGCACACGUAGAAAUAGAAAGAUUUUAGCCAUUAUAAACGAAUUUGGUGGGAAAGGGAAUGCCAAGAAAUUAUAUUUUUCGAAAGCAAAACCAAUAUUAGCAGCAAGUAGAUGUAAGGUUGAUAUAGUAUUUACUGAAUAUACUGGUCAUGCUAUUAACGUUGCAAAAGAAAUGGAUAUAAAUAAAUAUGACACUAUAGUAUGUGCGUCAGGAGAUGGUAUUCCUUAUGAAAUUAUUAAUGGGUUAUAUCAAAGAAAGGACAGAGCUGCUGCAUUUAGUAAACUUGCCAUUACUCAACUUCCCUGUGGUUCUGCCAAUGCUAUGAGCGUAUCUUGUCAUUGGACUGAUAAUGUCUCAUAUGCUGCAUUGUCAAUUGUCAAAUCAAAAGAAGUACAAAUUGAUGUAGUAUGUUGUUCUCAACCAUCCUAUUUUUCCACAUCCCCUCGUCUAUCAUUUCUAAGCCAAACGUAUGGAUUAAUUGCAGAAUCAGAUAUCAAUACUGAAUUUUUUAGAUGGAUAGGGGCUGCGAGGUUUGAGAUCGGUGUCGCAUUCAAUAUUUUACAGAAGAAGAAGUAUCCCUGUGAAUUAUAUGUCAAAUACCAAGCCAGAAAUAAAAAUGAUUUAAAAGAAUUUUAUUUGAAAAAACACAAAUCCCAUCAAGCAUGGCCUAAUUUCAAUUCAUAUGAUAUAGAUCCGGAAAAUGAAUUUACCGAAGGAUCAAGUGAUGAUUUCCAAGAAAUAACAGAAGAAAACUUCAAACUAAAGUAUCCAUACCAGGAGGGAAUUCCUAGUGAUUGGGAAAGGGUUAGUCCAGAGUUAACAAAAAACUUAGGUAUAUUUUACACUGGGAAAAUGCCUUACAUUGCUGCUGAUAUUAAGUUUUUCCCAGCAGCAUUACCGACUGAUGGAGCAAUCGACAUGGUUCUAACCGAUGGUAGAACAGCAGUUACAAGAAUGGUACCAAUAUUAUUGGCAUUAGACAAAGGUUCGCAUGUUUUACAACCUGAGGUUAUACACUCGAAAGUAUUAGCAUAUAGAAUAGUCCCCAAAGGAAAUAACACAUUAUUUUCGGUUGAUGGUGAGAAGUUUCCUAAUGAACCAUUACAAGCAGAAGUCCUACCACGAUUAUGUAAAGUUUUGUUAAGAAACGGUUCGUUUGUAGAGACUGCUUUCAACAAUAUGUAA